GAGCGGGUGGGCGUGAUGGGCGUCUCGACGAACAUGGUGACGUACCUCGUCGGCCCCCUGCACCUCUCCAACGCCCGGUCGGCCAACAUCGUCACCAACUUCAUGGGCACGCUCAACCUCCUCGCCUUCCUCGGCGGCUUCGUCGCCGACGCCAAGCUCGGCCGCUACCGCACCAUCGCCGCCUCCGCCACAGUCGCCACCACCGGGUUGGCCCUGCUGGCGGCGAGCACGGCGGUGCCCGGGAUGCGGCCACCGCCGUGCGCCCCGGCGGACGGUGGCGGGUGCGCGGCGGCGAGCGGCAGGCAGAUGGCGCUGCUGUUCCUGGCGCUGUACACGAUCGCGGUGGGCGCGGGCGGGCUGAAGGCGAACGUGUCCGGGCUGGGCACGGACCAGUUCGACGGGCGCGACCCGCGGGAGGGCCGCGCCGAGGUGUUCUUCUUCAGCCGCUUCUACUUCCUGGUCAGCCUGGGCUCGCUCUUCGCCGCCACCGUGCUGGUGUACGUGCAGGACAACGUCGGCCGCGCCUGGGGGUACGGCAUCUCGGCGGUCGUGAUGGCGGCCGCCACGGCGGUGUUCGUGGCCGGCACGCGGAGGUACCGGUGCCGGAGGCCCCGGGGGAGCCCGCUCACGGUGAUCGGCCGCGUGCUCUGGGCGGCGUGGCGGAACAGGAAGCUGCCCUGCCCCGCGGACGCCAGCGAGCUCCGCGGCUUCAGCAGGGCCAAGGUGCCGCACACCGACAGGCUCAGGUUUCUGGACAAAGCUGCCAUCGUGGACGCGGACCUGACGUCGGCGCACCCGGCGGUGGCAGCGGGGCCGACGCUGACGGAGGUGGAGGAGGUGAAGAUGGUGGUCAAGCUGCUCCCGAUCUGGUCCACCUGCAUCCUCUUCUGGACGGUGUACUCCCAGAUGAACACCUUCACGGUCGAGCAGGCGUCGCGGAUGAACCGCCGCGUCGGCGGCGGCGGCUUCGUCGUCCCCGCGGGGUCCAUGGCCGUCUUCCUGUACCUGGCCAUCCUCCUCUUCACGUCGCUCAACGAGCGCUUGCUCGUCCCGCUCGCGCGGCGCGUCACGGGGCGCCGGGAGGGCCUGGCCUCGCUGCAGCGCGUGGGCGCGGGGCUGGUGCUCUCCACGAUCGCCAUGGUCGCCGCCGCGCUCGUCGAGAAGAAGCGCCGCGACGCGUCGGGCGGCGCCGCCAUCAGCGCGUUCUGGCUGGUGCCGCAGCUCUUCCUGGUGGGCGCCAGCGAGGCGUUCGGGUACGUCGGGCAGCUGGAGUUCUUCAUCCGGGAGGCCCCCGAGCGGAUGAAGUCCAUGAGCACGGGCCUGUUCCUCACCACCCUGUCCAUGGGGUUCUACCUGAGCAGCGCGCUCGUGGCCGCCGUCGGCGCCGCCACGGGGGGCGCUUGGGUGCGGGACAACCUGGACGACGGGAGGCUGGACCUGUUCUACUGGAUGCUCGCCGGGCUCGGCGUGUUCAACUUCGUGGGGUUCCUUUGCUUCGCGAGCCGGCACGAGUACAAGCGCGAGGCGCCCGCCGCGCCGGUCACGGCGACGGCGAUCACGCGGGCGCGGGCCGUGGAGCUGACGAACCAGCCGGAGGAGGACGCGGUGAUGGUGGCCAUGGCCGUGAAUAUGAUCGACGUCUAGGCGUGAAGAAGUGUGCGUGUUGCUGCCGCUGUGUAAUCUGCGUUGUGUAUAUACAGCUCAAAAGUUCUCUGGAGCUGGGUUAUUAACUGUGCAUUGAGUAGUUUCUAAUCGGACCUUGCCAGCUGCCGUGUUUUUAUUUUCCUUUUCCUCAAGUUUUUGCAAAAAGGAAACCACGGGAAGUAGUAAGGUAUUUUUUAGG